CCACUCCAGUUUGGCAACGACCAACGCGCAUGGGAACACAGCAGAGGAAAAGAUUCGUCCUGCUCCUUCUCCACUGCGCAGCGGCUGCAGCCGAAUGCAUCUCACCCCAUCACUUCCCAGCUCCUCAUCUGCGUGUGCUUGAUGGUUCCUCCUGAUGGGGCAACACCAGGUCCCUGUCUUGUAGUUGGGGCUUUAGAGAACUGCGCUGAUGUGAGAUCCAACACAAGGGGACAUGUCUGGCGCUCAAGGACUUCUCAACAGCGUCUUCUCCUGCUCCUCUCCUGCCUCCAAAGCCAUGACCAAACGGAGGCUACGCCAGACCCGCAGCCUGGACCCCGCGAUUAUAAGACACUGUGACACCGGCACCGAGGGCGCGAGUGGAGCACCGUUCUCCGCAGCGCCGCCCGAGGACGCAGGUGCGUCUCCGGAGCGCGUCGCAGUGAAACCGACUUUACGCACGAUUCCGACGCUGAAGGAGCCGAUAACCCCGUCCCUCUCUUCCCCUUCCAUCCCCCUGGCCGUCUCCCCGUCGUCCAACUUCCACUUUGACUAUGACACGGUGAAGCGGGCCAAAAGGAAUACCGCCGGGGAUUUACCGUAUCUGGUGAGGGGACCCUGUGCCGCGCCGUCCGGGAGCACGGGCGCGCUGUUCUCCCCGCGGAGGUGGCUCCAGAGGAAGGUGCAGCCGACCAGCUCGCACGCUUACGUGGUGUGGAAAUCAGAGGGUGAUUUCACCUGGAGCAGCCUGUCGGGGCGGAGCGUGCGCUUGAUGCCGGUUUCCAUCCAGAGCUUGUCGGAGCUGGAGAGGACAAGGCUGCAGGAAGUGGCGUACACCCGUUUACACCAGGAAUAUGACCUGGGAUGUCAGAUCACCAUGCCAAAAGAUGGACAGAAGAGGAAAAAGUCUCUGAGGAGGAAGUUGGACUCGCUAGCGAAAGAGAAGAGUAAAGACAAAGAAUGCAUACCCCAGGCCUUCAGCAUACCGCUCUCGCAGGUCAUCGCCAAUGACAGGACACACCGGCAGCGUCAGGAUGGUUAUCGCCAGGACCCUCCGCAGCGUGAGGAGCACAAGGACUCCUCCGACCUUGUCUCAUCCAUUUUACAGUUUGCCACCAAGCGCCCGUCCACUAGGGAGUUAUCAAGCAGCAACUCCUCACUGAGCUCUACAUCAGAGACGGCCAAUGAGUCGACGUCGCCCAACACCCCCGAAGUUGCACCACGAGCACGCAGGAGGGGAGGCAUGUCAGUGGACUCCAUCACCGACCUGGACGACAACCAGUCGCGCCUGCUCGAAGCAUUGCAGCUCUCUCUGCCAGCGGAAACGCAGAGCAAGAAGGAGAAGCACCGGGACAAGAGGCUGAGCCUUAAUCCCAUCUACCGCCAGGUGCCCCGGGUGGUUGACAGCUGCUGUCAGCACAUCGAGAAAUAUGGUGAGCAGCGACUUUACUUCCAGAGCCUUCAUACAUAUGUGCAUCCAGCCCUUUGGCCGUCAUCUGUUACUACAAUGACAGCUGCCAGAGACAGAUUUUCCCCCUUUCUCUCCACAGGUUUGCAGACGGUGGGGAUCUUUAGAGUUGGCAGCUCCAAGAAAAGAGUCCGACAGCUGCGGGAGGAGUUUGACCGUGGUAUUGACGUCCAGCUGGAUGAGGAGCACAGCGUUCACGAUGUGGCUGCUCUGCUGAAGGAGUUCCUCAGGGACAUGCCCGACCCUCUCCUCACCAAGGAGCUCUACACGGCCUUUAUCAACACCACAUUGUUGGACCCAGAUGAGCAGCAGCAUGUCGCUCAGCUACUGGUCUACCUGCUCCCAGCAUGCAACAGUGACACGUUCCAUCGCCUGAUGGACUUUCUGUCCACUGUGGCGGCUCACGCCCACGACCGGCAGGACAAAGAUGCUCAGGAGAUGACCGGCAACAAGAUGACGUCUCUGAACCUGGCCACCAUCUUUGGCCCAAACCUGCUCCACAAGCAGAAGAGCUCAGAUAAGGAGUUCAGCGUCCAGAGCUCGGCCCGGGCGGAGGAGAGCACGGCUGUCAUCGCUGUGCUGCAGAGGAUGAUCGCCAGCUACCACACCCUCUUCAUGGUGCCUCCAGAACUGCAAAACGAGGUAUUGAUUAGUCUGUUGGAGACAGAUCCAGACGUGGUGGACUACCUUUUGAGAAGAAAAGCGUCACAGAGUCCCGAUCUGUUGCCGUCGGAGGAGCCCUUCACCCUGAGCGAGCGCCGUUCCUCCAGCGACUCCAACAAGGCAUACAGCGGUGAGGUGUCCCCUUAUGACAACAACUCCCCGGUCCUGAGCGAGCGGAGGGGAGAACCGGGGAGCCCGGGCAGCGACAAGCACUUCCGUGUCCCAGAGCAGUACACUGUGGUGGGGCAGGUGGCUGGAUGGAGCAGGGAGCCGGGAGCACAUGACCCUUGGGCCACCAAAGACACUAUAUCAGAGGAGCAUGUUAACAUUUGGGGGACAUGGCACAGCACUCUGAAGCCAACACUCAAGGACCAGACGUUCACAGGUUCCCACGGCAACAUGUCAGAGGGAAGCUCCCGCAGCUCACAAGAAGGUCUCGACGGACUCCAUGGCGAUGGCAGGCAUCAGGCCUCGGUACAACGGACUCCGACGGCGCCCGGCAUCACCGAGUGCAGACCCCACCCUCCGGUCACCAGAGUGUGUACCAGCCCUCACAACGAGACGGGGCGACCACGCCUGCAGCUAAACAUCAGCCCCUCGGCGACGUCACACCUCAACAGCACGCUGGGCCUCCAGCGGGCGAGUGGACACAGAAUUAACCCGACCUCCAAACUUCAAGACGGGGCGAACACUGGGGACAGCAGCCCUGCCAUGCUUAACGACGGCCGCUCUUCGUCCGCCUAUAAAGUCCACCAUCAACUGGCCGGUUCUCAAAGCUCGCCUCUGCUCGCAGCCGCUCAGCGCCCCCCUCUUCAGCACGGGAGGUCGAUCGCGGCGCAGAGCAACUCGGCGUCGCCGACGGAGGCCCAGAUGGUGCCACAGAGCCCGGAGUGGCAGGACUGGCAGAGGGACCGGUGGCAGAUCUGGCAACUGCUGUCCUCAGACAAUGCUGACACACUGCCUGAAACGCUCGUGUGAUCGCAGGCCGUGAAGUCACCAACCGGUGGCAUCAUCCUACCCCCUCACUUCAUCCAUCCACACAUGGAUUCCAUCCUUCCCAUGAACCGUCUGUGCUUCUCCUGCAUCUUGGCGCCAUGGCGUUGUUGUUUACGUGUGCAGCUGCUGCCUUAUACAGACUUGUGCAUUCGAGAGCCACUUGUAUUUCUUGUUUCGUGUGGAUGUUGAAAAGUUGCUCCUGUUGCCCGCGUGUCUGUUUCGUCCAUAAUGACUAAUGACAUGGGAGCAUUGUAACGUGCCCAUCAGAAAUACCUCAAAAAAAAAAAGAAACUUCUCCUUCACACCUCUUCAGAAUGUCACAUCUGUCCACAUCUGCUUCUCUGACAACGUUCAGUCUUCAUAUCUCAAUUCAGAACAACACAUUUCUGAUUUCAUAAUUUUGACUUUUUUUUUUCAUUUUCACAAUAAGAUCAAAGAUGUAUUGACAAUUGCUGCUAAAUGUAGACGUAUGUAGUUCAGCCACAUCAGUGUCUAAAGAGAUCAAAUGUUGAAUUGCGUUUCCUGUGUCGCAGAUCGUUUGUGUAUAUCCAAACUGCCGACGGACACUUAUACGACAUCUAUGUAAAUUGUCAUGUAAAGUAUAUAAUUUGUAAAUCUACCUUGAAGUAAGUUGGCCCUUUAACAGACAGUCUAAAUGUUGGUGUUUUACUCAGACUGCUGUUUCUGUCUUUAAUUAACACUGAAUGUAAAACGCUUCACUUGUGUCAAAACGCUUGGACCUAAUUAUAAAGCACUCGGCUGUAAGUUUGCUUAUGUGCUUCUGCCACCUGCUGCAUGGGAGGAACAAUGUACACACUUAUUUCAUCCAGUUCUUCAUUACUAAGGAGGAGGAGCGAGGGUAAUUUUCCUGCUAUUUAUAAAAAUAACGAAAUCAAGAUGCUCAAACACAACACAACAGUAAUCUGUGACUGACACUGACUGAUCCGUCUUGUUAUACCUCUAAUGCUCGACUGAAUAUUACGACGGGGUGUGGACGUAUCGCCUGAAUAACAUCAUUAAAAAUCAUAGAAAUAUUGAAUCCGGCUGUGGUUCCGACUGAUUAUAACAAACGAUCCAAAUCAACCCACAUCAAUCUGUUUAAAUCCUCUCAGAUGGCACAGUUUAGUGGGUAUUUGCUGGCGAAUAUUUCACGUUUCCAAGCUUUAAUGUCAUAUUUGCUCACGUGAAGCAACUUCAGCCUUAAACCUGGAGGUGCUGUAUUUAAUUUCACCUUCUCUUGUGUUUUUUUUCCGCAUUUGUUCUCUCCAUCUCAAGGAGACAGUGGAAGAAAACAGUCACACCAAGUGGAAGGAUUAUUGUGGAAAGGGUUGUGGCGCCAUCUGUUGUCCGACCACUUGCGACAGCGUGCGUCCCACAGCUCAGUGUUUCCACUGCGUCCGUCCGCACUCGAUUUAGAAUUAAAGCUUGUGAUUAUAAGCACCUUUGUGAAAAUGUAAAAAAUCUGCGUGAGGAAAAUAAAUGUGCCAUAAGUCUCACUCUUAAACGUUUCCCCAUGCAUCCCUCCAGGUUCAUUUUGUGAAUUUGUAUUACCUUGUUUCUGUUGAGUGUUGUAAUAUAUAAAUACAAUAUAACGCUUUUAUAUCAAGAAGGUCCUAGCUCCGUCUUUCCCCAAAUCCAGACCAUGUUUGACGCCAAACUUAGUGUUAUGAUGUUUUUUUCUUUUUGAUAUUUUGGUGGGGUUUACUGGGUCCAAGUUGUAAUGGAAUAUCUGGUAAUUGCUUUUGUACUGUGUGUCAUCAUCAAUAUGCUACUAUGGAAUUAAAUAUGGUAAAGUUUA